CUUUUAAUAAUAUUUUAGAAGCAACAACAAAACAAUACAUGUUUUGUACUGCAAUUCAUUUCGGUUUGCGUGUUCAAUAGACUUUAAUUAAUGAGGAUCAAUUUUUAAAAUACGCUAUCAUUAUAGUGUUUUAACAAUACGUCAAGUUAUCAGCUACAGUUUUAUUGCCAAACUUGCUCUGCGUGUACUGGCAGUCAGUUGCUCGAGGUGUCGCAAUCUAACCGCAUCAAAUAAUUUUGCAGAAUAUGGCGACUACUGAAGAAAUCCUCCACCAUGUGAAGGGUUUGGCGAAAAUCCUGUUCUUCUUUCUAAUUUUUUUGCCGUAUACUUACAUAGAAUCUAUUGUUAACCUUUUUUUGAAAAAGGAACCCAAAUCAGUGAAAGGAGAAAUUGUUCUGAUAACUGGAACUGGUCACGGAAUUGGCAAAUUACUGGCGCUCAAAUAUUCAGCAGAAGGCGCUAUUGUUGUAGGAUGGGAUAUUAAUGAAGAGCUUAACAAUAAAACGAUUCAAGAAUUGAAGAGGUCUGGAAAACAAGCUUAUGGAUACAAGGUAGAUGUUGCGAAUCGAGAAGAAGUGCUUGCGACCGCGAAGAAAGUUCAGGAAAUGGUAGGGGAAGUAACAAUUUUAAUAAACAAUGCCGGUAUUAUGCCACAUCACCCUUUUCUGGAUCACACCGAAAAAGAAAUUAGGAAAAUCAUGGAUAUUAAUGUUAUGGCUCACUUCUGGAUUUUGGAAGCAUUUUUGCCAGCAAUGAAACGAAACAACCAUGGACACGUGGUAGCUCUUUCAUCCAUGGCUGGAAUACUAGGUCUAGUCAAUUUGGUUCCAUAUUGUGCUUCUAAGUUCGCAGUAAGGGGUUUAAUGGAAGGUCUACACGAAGAAUUCAGGCUUGAUAACCCAUGUAACAAAGUGCGAUUCACCACUGUUUAUCCAUUUAUGGUAGAUACUGGAUUGUGUAAAUUCGUGGACGUCACAUACCCAGUAGUGACACCGAUGCUUAAACCAGAAUUUGUUGCCGACAAAAUAUUCGAAUCUCAAACGCUCGAAAAAAGAAAUGUCGCUUUACCGGGAUACAUCAAUCUCGCCGUUAUGUUGAAAACCAGUUUCUCUCCAGAAAAAGCAGCAAAUUUCUUGUCAGAUAAAUUCAAAUGCAAUUUAGCAUCAGAUUUGGAUCGUCACACAAAAAAUGGCCAUAGUAAAAAUAAUUGAAUGCCGUUUUAAUUAUAAGUAUAUUGACAUUCUUAAUAACCUUUUUAUAAUUUCAUAUCAAUAAAUUUAAUUCGUACCUAAUGUAUAGGUGAGGUACUUAUAUUAGUUGCUUAAAAAAUAAUAAAUUGUCCUCUACAC